AUGCCCACAAACGGAAUUAACAAGGCCUUGAAGCUCCAGUUUGGCCUAAUCAACUAUGAAAACCGCUACCUGACAGCAGAGGCCUUUGGGUUCAAGGUGAACGCCUCGGCAAACAGCAUGAAGAAGAAGCAGAUUUGGACACUGGAGCAGGAUGAGCUAGACGGACCAGUGGUGUUCCUGCGCAGCCACCUGGGACGCUACCUGGGAUCAGACAAAGAUGGGAAGAUCUCGUGUGGGGCAGAGAAGCCAGAAGCCGAGUGCAGAUUCAUCAUAGUUCCCCAGUCCGAUGGCCGCUGGGCACUGCAGUCAGAAUUGUACCAGCGUUUCUUUGGAGGUUCGGCCGACUACCUCUCCUGCUUUGCCCAGGUCAUUGGGGAGCAAGAGCUGUGGGCGGUCCACUUGGCACUUCACCCACAGGCUAGUUUGUUCAGUGUGGCACGCAAGCGCUAUGCCCAUCUGUCUGGCACAGAUGGGGAGAUCUCUGUAGACAGCAACAUACCCUGGGGAGUGGACUCUCUGGUCACCUUGGUGUACGCUGACGGCAAGUACAGCCUGAAGACCUGUGACAGCCGUUUCCUCAGCAACGACGGUAAGCUGGUGAAAGAGAGUAGCAACAGCACAAGCUUCACUCUGGAGCUCAAGUCAGGCAAGCUGGCCUUCAAAGACUGUGAGGGGAAGUACCUGAGUCCUGUGGGGCCCACGGGAACACUCCGGUCCGGACGUUGUUCCAAACCGGGGAAAGAUGAGCUGUUUGACCUGGAGGAGAGUCACCCGCAAGUCGUGUUUCAAGCUGCCAAUAAAAGAUAUGUGUCAGUCAAACAAGGAGUGAGCAUUUCAGCCAAUCAGGAUGUGGAAACGGACAUGGAGACUUUUCAGAUGGAAAUUGACAAAGAGACCAAAAAGGCCAUAUUCAGGACUAAUGGUGGCUCCUACUGGACUCUGGUGACUCAUGGAGAGAUCCAGUCCACUGCCACAGAAGUUGAGGUCAAUACUAUGUUUGACAUCGAGUGGAGAGGACAAAGAGUGGCUCUUAAAGCCAGCAAUGGGAAGUACGUCUGUACCAAGAAGAAUGGCCAGCUGUCUGCAGUCAGUGACUCUGUUGGUGAUGAUGAGUUAUUUCUGAUGAAGCUCAUCAACCGCCCAAUCCUCAUCCUCCGCGGAGAAAAUGGCUUUGUGUGUCACCAUAAGAACUCCAACACCCUGGAUGCAAAUCGAUCCAUCUAUGAUAUCUUUUCAUUGAUUUUCAGCGAUGGAGCAUACCACAUAAAAAGUGCUAAUGGAAAAUACUGGAAUGUUUCCAGUAAUGGCCUGGUGUGUUCAGAUGGAGAGAAGUCUGAUGACUUUUUCCUGGAGUUUGUGGAGCAUGGACGAGCUGCCAUCAAAUGCUCCAAUGGGAAAUAUCUCCGUGGAGACCAAGGAGGUACACUGAUGGGUGAUGGUACUUGUGUUGAUACUUUGUCUCUGUGGGAGUACUGACAAAUCUGCAACUGCAACUGCCA